ACCAAAGUGCAGGUAGCUCCCUAUAAUUUUAAGUAUUACUUAUCCAAAUUAAUCAAGCAAAGCGCAAGAAGCAUGAUCUCAAUCCAGCCGAAGCCCGAAGUGCUUCUGCUACCUCUUCCCGUCUUCUCUAUCACUAGCGAUGGAGUUUGAUCGUUCUCCUUUCUGCUCAAUAAUCUGUUCAACAAUUAUCUCUCUUAUCAUCUUAAAUCCAGUUUCGUUUCUAGUGUAUUCACUCGAUGGACCUGUUACAGACAUAUUCAAGCAUCUGUAUUUCGCAGAUUUCUACCCCAGCACCAACCCCAGAAUCCAUCAUGAAGUUAAGCUGUUGGGCAAUGCGAAAUUCUCCGACUCUAAGGGUUCCAUCCAAAUCCCUGAUCCAAUUCGAGCACUUGAUCUCAGGCAUCAAGCAGGACGAGCGAUCUUCUCCUCUCCCAUUCGCCUCUUCGAUCCACCUACCCAGACUCCCGCUUCCUUCCAAACCACCUUCUCCAUCCAGUUCGACACCACCCCUACGCCCCCCGCCCCAAUUUCAACUUCCAACUAUAGCGACGGAAGUCACGGUGGCAGCGGUCUCACGUUUAUCAUUGUCCCCGACGAGGUGACGGUCGGCCGACCCGGCCCGUGGCUGGGGAUGCUGAACGACGCCUGCGACGACGACUACAAGGCCUUCGCCGUCGAAUUCGACACCCGUCGAAAUCUGGAGUUUGGCGAUCCCAAUGACAACCACGUGGGCAUCAACCUCGGUAGCAUCUUAUCCAGCACAACCAUCAACGCCUCCGAUGUUGGGAUUUAUCUUAGAGACGGCUCCGUUCAUCGGGCUUGGAUUACAUACGACGGUGAACGGAAAUGGAUCGACAUCCGUCUCGGACCAGACGGUCAAGCUUACCCAUCAACACCCAUCUUUUCGGCGCCGCUCGAUUUAUCACCUUUCCUUAAAGAGUACAUGUUCGUUGGCUUCUCUGCUUCCACCGGCAAUCUCACUCAAAUCCACAACGUGCUAUCAUGGAACUUCUCUUCUACUAGUCGAGCUGCACUUCGUUUUCCCUCCACCGAGACGUGCGAGACCAAGAUCUUCCUCCAAGCCACGAAAGCCACCGAACCAGCUCACAGAAAACCGCCGAGCAGUUUCAUGAUCUUCGUCGCAGUUGUCGUUCUCUGCCUCGUGGUUUUGAUCAAUCUCUACUACAACGGCAAGCGUAGAAAAGAGAAAUCAACGCUCGUCAUUCUUCCCGACAAAAAGCAACGGCCGAGACCACCCAAUAAACCCCGUCGGUUCUCCAUCGCCGAGCUUUCUUCGGCGACUCGGUGUUUCAGUGAGGCGGAGGUACUGGGAAGCGACACGGGAGGUAUCUUCUACAGAGGAAUGCUGCAUAACGGUUGUCACGUGGCGGUGAAGCGGUUCUCAACUCGUUUCCUGAACUCGACAGGCGCGGAUCGUCGGCGAAUUCUUAAAGAAAUCGGUGUAAUUAGCCGAGUUCGUAACCCAAACUUGGUACCCGUGAGGGGGUGGUGCUGCGAUAAGCGCGAAACUAUGGUUGUGUACGAUUACAUGUCCAAUGGAAGUCUGGACAGAUGGCUAUUUGGAGUUGGAGUCCUUCCAUGGAGUCGACGAUUCAAGGUCGUGAAGGACGUCGCCGAAGCGUUAAGCUUCCUCCACUCGAAGAAACUCGCACACAAGAACGUGAAGACAAGCAGCGUUUUCCUGGACGUCAGCUUUCGAGCGGUUCUAGGAGAUUUCGGGUUCAUCUUGGGGGCGCCCGCCGUGUCGAGCCGUGAUGUGGCUCAGAAAGCGGAUGUAUUUGGAUUCGGGAUCGUGGCGCUGGAAAUCGUGGCGGGGAGUAAGAAUUCGGACGAAGAAGGGGAAGAGCUGUUGGAUUUUGCAUGGAGGAUGCAUGAGAGAGAGGAGAAGGGGAAGGUGGUGGAUAGGAGGAUGGGAUUGGUUUAUAACCCGGAACAAGCUUUUCGGGUGGUGGAGAUAGGUUUGCUGUGCACAAUGAACGAGGGAAGUGGACGGCCGACGAUGGAAGAGGUGGUGGAGAUGCUGAAUAUGGAGAGGUCCAUUCCCCAGUUGCCGGCGAGACGACCCGUUGCCUUGUUUCCUUACAAUAGUGCCACUGAUCUGUGCAGUGGUUAUUCCUGUGCACCUUUCAGGUGAAUAAAACCAGAAGGAAAUAAUCGAAGUGGUUAAGUGGGAGAUAUGUGUUACAGAGCAAACAGCUGUGAGGACAAUCGGAUUUGCAGCAGGUCAUGGACCUCAUGGCUUUGGGGUUUGAGACAGAGUCCAGUGUAAUGCACCUGAACCAGCCAAACUUGUCUGCUCUCUCUCUCCAAUUUAUUAAUGUUUUUAUAAUUUAUUCAUAUAGAGUAGAGCUAGGCAGCUAGAGCAGAGUAAGGCUGCAUAUUUGUACCAAUUUAUGAUUCAAUUGCUACUUUCAAUUCAA